AUGCCCUACUGCGAUUUAGUACUCAAUAGGAGAUUCCCCGCUCCUCUUGAAAAUAGGUUCCUUCUUGGGGCUCCUGAUUAUAGUGAUCGCGCGUGCCUGGCUUUUCGCCGCGCGAUUUCUUGCUCAGACAUUAGGCUUGCAUCCGAUGACCUUAGUUAUGAGCUUUACGCUCCCAACCACUUUGCUCUCCAGUUUGGUCUUAUCCAACUAGUGUCGUUCCCCCUCUAUGAUGCUUGGAACUACAACACCUCUUGGCACAGAAUUGAUUAUGAUCAAUGGUGGUCAGAAGUUUCCGUCAACUGCUGGGGACAGAGGGAUGACGAACUCUUCGCGACCAUUUUUGAAGAGCUGAGAUAUCCUUAUGAUGCUGAUACUGAACUACUUGCUCGCUUUCCUGAAGCUGAGGCGCGACCUCCGCUACCUGAACAGGCUCCGCGACCCGCGCGAGCCCCUUGCCCGGUCCAAGCUGGGAUCAUUAUUCAUGAGCCUCCUCAAGAGGGAAGUAUGCCACCUUCUGGAUGUCGUGUAGUUGACGCUUCUCCGGCCAUUGGUCAGGCCAAGAAGAAGAAAGUGAUAGCAACAGAGCCUGAAGUUGAAAACUCUUCCUCUGACGAUGAUGACCCACAAACAAUUGCUGCUGCUUUAGCCCUCAAGCGCAGUCACGCUGAUCCCCAGACUGAUCCAUGGGCAGAAGACGAACCCGUCGCUGACCGACUGGUUCGUCGUAGGUCAUCAAGGCAAGUUGGAGAAGGAUCCUCCGCUCCUGGCGAAGGUGUGUCUGGUUCGCAAACCAAGAGCCGAAUGGUUCUAACAAUCCUCCCUCUCCAGUUAAUGCUGCCAACAAUAUGCAGUUGGUUCUGGUCCCCAUGCAGGUUAUAGAUGACAGCUUGCCUAAUUCAAUUCCAGCGUCCGGUGAGGUUGCCCAAGAACCUGUGCUUACAGCAACUCUUCGCGAACCACCUGUUGAAGAGGACCCAAAUGCCCUUCCAAACGAGGAAGCAGCUGUCAUAGCCGGAGAGAUAGUGGCCGAGAAUCUUGCUGAACUUGUCGCGUGCUCGAAGUGACCCCUCCUGGGGUCGUAGAUGAUGCCCGAGAAGGUCUUCGUCGCUUCCUGGGUCCUGAUAUUUUGAUUCCUGGCGCGACCGCGAGAGUUUUGGAGCAUCUGAGGGUACUUCUUCGCGAGGGGGCUAUCACUGAAGACCAAUUUCAAGAGGUUGACCAACUGCUGCAGGAUCUUCCCCAAGGGCUCAAUGAAAGGGCGGUCGCGACUGCGCAGGCAAGGCAGACCGAAACAGACUACCAGACUCUUGCUCAACAGACGGAUGCUGCGCGUGAUUUCUUGGGUGAUCGGGCUAGUCUCAUUAGGGAUCUAACUCUUGAAAGAAACCACCUGCGGAUCCAGAUCCAGGAUCUUCAAGCCCGAUUAACUGAUGUGACGGCUAGGCUUGCCCAAGCGGAACCUCAAUUGGAACAGCCCCUUGCAGCUUUCGAGACGUUGACCCAUGACCUGGCCCAAGCUCGUGCAGCGGCCCAACAGGCCUCACAAGCUGCCGCUGAUGCUAGCUUUCACCAGGAUGAACUUUUCCUCCACUUAGCUCAUGCAGGCCGGGGAUUUUUAGGCCUCUGAUAUUAGGCCCAUUAACUUGUAUGGACAAUAUUACUACCGA